ACCCAAGAUAAAGGAGAAUUUAUUUCCCAAUUCCAUACACCAGCAUUUUUAAUUUUAAUUUUAAUUUCAAUUGUUCACAAAAAGUGGCUCGAAUUUCUUACAUGAUCAUUACAAAAUCCCAGAAAUGGAACUCAAAAGAUUUCCAUCAAUCUACGUUUUAUUAGUGUUUCUCUUUCUUGGAUUCAUUUACUAUGUAACAGUAUUCGUAUUUAUAGAAGAUUGGUUGGGAUUACCGAGCUUCGCUGGCUCAUUGAAUGCUCUGAUCUUCACUUUCUUGGCCUCUCUCUGUGCUUUCUCUUUCUGUAUAUGUGCUUUCACUGAUCCUGGCGGUGUCCCAUCUUCUUAUGUCCCUGAUGUCGAAGAAUAUCAAAUCUCAGAUCAAGAAACCAAGAAAACUGGUGUGCAUCGGAUGCAGUGUGAUAAGUGUUCCAUACACAGGCCUCCAAGGGCUCAUCAUUGCCGUGUCUGCAGAAGGUGUGUUCUGAAGAUGGAUCACCAUUGUAUAUGGAUUAAUAAUUGUGUGGGCCAUAGAAACUACAAGCCAUUCCUCGUCCUAAUCAUUUAUGCAACUGUGGCAAGCACCUAUUCUGCGACUAUGAUCAUAAGCUGUGUACUUCAGAAGGAUUGGAAUUCUAGUCAAAGCCUUCCUCUCAAGAUCUUUUACGUUGGUUGUGGAUUAAUGAUUGCUGGUUUAAGCCUGACACUUGGAACUUUCUUAUGCUGGCAUAUUUACCUCACUGCUCAUAAUAUGACGACUGUGGAGUAUUAUGAGGGAAAACGAGCUGCUUGGUUGGCUAGGAAAUCUGGGCUGAGCUAUCACCAUCCUUAUGAUGUUGGCUUUAGAAAAAAUGUCACCCUGGUCUUAGGUCCAAACAUGCUAAAAUGGUUGUGGCCCACAUCAUCAAGUCAUAUCAAAGAUGGACUUGACUCUCGGAGUACACGUGAUAACUCAUAACACGUCUGACAAUUUCUGAAGCUGUCAAUAUUCGUCUGUUCCAGUACCUUGGAACAUAAUCUAACAGCAGCAGAGUAGAUUAUGGAAGAAGUUUAUCAUAUUACACGUUUAUGCCCUACGCUUUAUUAUCAAGAAAGAUGCAUGGUCAUUGCUGGAGCAUUGCAGAUGAUCUAUUAUGAAAAUUGGACAAGAAAUAUAUUUCAUUGGCAUGUUUGGUAAGCUGUCUUAGAAAGUACUGGUGACAUAGAUGGGAUUUUAGCUUCUUUUUCACUAUUUAAUAUUGUCCAAUGUGAAUUACCUAGCACAUCACUAAUGCAUAAGGGCUUCUCGUUGCUCAAAGAUCCUUAUUGA